CAGAGCUCAGACCAGUUUCACUUAUGAGGAAGUGAAACUCAGACAGUCGUUGUGACUGAGAGGUGAAAUGGCGCAGAAAGGAGCUCAGCUGGAUCGAGAAGUCUUCUCUUGUCCGAUCUGUCUGGAUCUACUGAAGGAUCCGGUGACUACUUCGUGUGGACACAGCUACUGUAUGAAGUGUAUUAAAAGCUUCUGGGAUGAAGAGGAUGAGAAGGAAACCCAUAGCUGCCCUCAGUGCAGACAGACGUUCACACCGAGGCCUGUCCUGCUGAAAAACACCAUAUUAGCAUUUUUAGUGGAUGAGCUGAAGAAGACUGGACUCCCAGCUGCUCCUGCUGAUCUCUGCUAUGCUGGAGCUGAAGAUGUGGCCUGUGAUUUCUGCACUGGGAGAAAACUGAAAGCCCUCAAGUCCUGUCUCAACUGUCCGGCCUCUUACUGUGAGAAACACCUUCAGCCUCACUAUGAAUUACCUAUUUUUAAAAAACACAAGCUGGUGGAGCCCUCCAAGAAGCUCCAGGAGAACGUCUGCUCUCAGCAUGAUGAGGUGAUGAAGAUGUUCUGUCGUACAGAUCAGAAGUCUAUCUGUUAUCUCUGCUCUGUGGAUGAACAUAAAGGCCACGACACGGUCUCAGCUGCAGCAGAACGGACGGAGAAGCAGAAAGAGCUGGAGGUGAGUCGACAAAACAUCCAGCAGAGAAUCCAGGACAGAGAGAAAGAUGUGAAGCUGCUUCAACAGGAGGUGCAGAACAUCAAUCGCUCCGCUGAUAAAACAGUGGAGGACGGCGAGAAGAUCUUCAGCGAGCUGAUCCGUCUCUUGGAGAAAAGAAGCUCCGAGGUGAAGCAGCAGGUCAGAUCCCAGCAGGACACCCAAGUGAGUCGAGUCAAAGAGCUUGAGGAGAAGCUGCAGCAGGAGAUCGCUGAGCUGAAGAGGAAAGACGCUGAGCUGAAGAAACUCUCACACACAGAGGAUCACAACCAGUUUCUGCACAGCUACCCCUCACUGUCAGCACUCAGUGAGUCCACAUCCAGCAUGGAGAUCCGUCCUCUGCACUACUUUGAGGACGUGACAGCGGCUGUGUCAAAAGUCAGAGACAAACUACAGGACGUCCUGAGAGAGGAAUGGACAAAGCUCUCACUGACAGUGACUGAAGUGGAUGUUUUACUGUCAGAUUCACCAGCAGAGCCCAGAACCAGAGCUGGAUUCUUAAAAUAUUCAUGUGAGGUCACACUGGAUCCAAACACAGCAUUCACAAAGCUGUUAUUAUCUGAGGGGAACAGAAAAGCAACAUUAAUGAGUAAUCAUCAGUCCUAUCCAAGUCACCCAGACAGAUUCACUGCAUAUAGGCAGGUCCUGAGUAGAGAGAGUCUGACUGGACGUUGUUACUGGGAGGUGGAGUGGAGAGGGGAUGGAGUUUGGGUAGCAGCUUCAUACAAGAAUAUCAGCAGAGGGGGGUCGACUGACACUGCAUUUGGAUACAAUGACAAAUCUUGGUCAUUACAAUGUUACAACAACAAUUAUACAUUUUGGUACAACAACAUCAACACUCCCGUCUCAGGUCCUUGGUCCUCCAGAGUCGGAGUGUACCUGGAUCACAGAGCAGGUAUUCUGUCCUUCUACAGCGUCUCUGAAACCAUGACUCUCCUCCACAGAGUCCAGACCACAUUCACUCAGCCUCUCUAUGUUGGACUUUGGCUUUGUUACAGUUAUGGAGCCACUGCUGAGUUCUGUAAACUCAAAUAACCAACAAGUCAUUUAAGGGACAGCAGGUUAAAAUGUGUUUUAACUCUUAAAGCUCCCAUGGUGUUCACCUUUGUGGUGUUUUAUUUGAAAUUUUGAUAUCUAUAGGAAGAUACAUUUGUAGUUUUAUGUGCUAAAAACCAUCUGAGUUCAGUUGUACAUCUGCUCUCUCAGCCUCCGUCUGCAGCUCCAGCAGCUCAGAUCAUUUUUCUUCUGAUUGGCUGACAGUUUUGAGUGACACACGGCCAGGCUAACCACAGUUAAUGGGUUGCAGCCAGACAGAGUCAGACAGACGGCUGAAUUCUGACUAAAUUUCUGAUAUUUUAAUGUAAAAUUUGUGCAAAUAUAUAUCGACUUCAUGGCAUUCAAUGAUUGAUCAUUUAAAUUUUUCCACAUAAUUUUUUAUUGCAACUAAACUGUGUUUUCUACAAUAUGGGACCUUUAAACUGAUUUCUCUCCAUGUUUGUUGCUGAGAGCUCAUCGUUUGUGGCAUUUCUUCUCUGCAGAGAUCAGCUGUCAAUCAAACAUUAUGGGCGGUGCUUUGACAUCUGCUCAUUAGUUGUUCUGUAAAUGUUUGACUUCUUUCCUGUGUUCGUUGAGCCAUGGAGGCUUUCACUGCUCACUGCUUGCAUGCGGUUUUUCUUUUCCUACAUGGCUCUUAAGAGAGAAAGCUCCAGAUAUUCAAAGAAAACAUGUAAAAAAAAAUUCAUAAUUACAUCUACAUUUAUGUGUUUGUUUGACCAAAUAUACAAAUGAGGCUCUAUGAUGUAUUAUAAAACUAUAAUUAUCAUGUUCAUAAUCAAUAAGGAAAUCAUUCAUUGUUUUCUUGUAUAUCUCUGAUAUUCUGGUCAAACUAAUUGAUUGUGUGGAUGAAGUGAAUCUGUUCAUGAAAUCACUGAACAACAAUCAUUUAACAGACUUUACUGAUUGGAUGUGUCAACAAACUGAUUUCAUAAUUAAUAAACAAACACAAACAAAGUAUUUCUUCUCGUCUUAAUUCCAGGGUUUCAUACAAAGCUGAUGGAGAAAUGAUGACACUAAUAUGAGAGUAAAACUGAGGCCGUUCUCCUCCUGAAACAACACAAAGUUCACUGUUCAUGUUGAG